GAGAGGCAGCUUCCUCCCCAAGAGGCGUUGCAGCCGCCGGCCCCAGCUCGGGCUCCCCAACUUUUGCCCCCCAGGGAGAUCCAGCGGGCGGCGGCGGAGGUUUGGCGUGGGGGAGGCGGACCGAGAGAGGAUGGCCGCCCUGCUCUGCACUCGGUUGCUCCUCUGCCUGGCUGCGCUGUUGCACUCGCGCCCGACGGGCCUUUUCGCGUGUGCCUCGGACCCGGCGAAUUCUGCUCAGGAUGAAGCGGUCAUGGAGGAAAAUGUGCAGGGAUGCGCCGGCAACGACCCCGAGUCUGAACUUGCUAUUUGUCCACAGCCAGAGGCUGACUCAGCCCCGAUGAGCCCCUCGGUGCCGAGUUCAGUGGCUGAGAUCCAGGAGGGCCCCCCCAGUGCCACGUUGCUGCUCUCCAGUCCCCCUGCCCUUGAAGCUGGCAUUCCUGACCAGCAGGAAGAGCAAGAAAACCCCUCUGUGGGGCUGGAGGAGGAAGCCGGAAGAAGCUGCGAAGAGGAUUUGUCCCUGGAGAAGAUGCACACGAUCGCUGAGGCCAUGCUCAAGUUCACUGUGGAUCUCGUGCGAGAAGUGGAGCUGCAGGAGGGCCACGAGAACCUUUUCCUCUCCCCACUCAGCAUCACACUGGCACUUGCUCACUUAGCUCUCGGUGCUGCUAAUCAGACAGAGAAGGCCAUACUGGAGGCUCUGCACCUGGCAGAGAUGCCCUGCCUCCACCAGGCUCUAAGACAGGUUCACCGACAGCUUGACCAGUCAACGCUCAAUAUCGCCGCACGUCUUUAUCUGAGUAAAGGAUUUCAGGUUAAAGAAACCUUCCUCGAGGACUCGGAAAAGUACUACAAAGCGAAGGCGGCGACGCUGUCCGGUAAAGGGGAGGAAGACCUUGCAGCCAUCAACAGCUGGGUGAAGGAAGCCACCAAGGGACACAUCUCCGAGAUCCUCUCUGAGCCACCUGGCGAUGUUGCCAUGAUCCUGCUCAACGCUGUGCAUUUCCAAGGAUUUUGGAGAAUGAAAUUUGACCCUGAACUGACUGAGCCUGGCGUGUUUCAACUGGACAAUGAGUUUGUGGUCUCUGCAGAGAUGAUGAAGGCUUCGAAAUACCCCCUAAGCUGGUAUUUUUUGGAGUCCUUGGAUGCUCAGGUUGCCAAGUUCCCCUUUAAGGGCAACAUGAGUUUUGUGGCGAUUGUGCCAAACCGCUUCGAAAGGAACAUCUCCCAGAUGCUAACCAAGCUCAGGCCCGCCAGCAUCCUCGGCCGCUUCCCCAAGGAGAAGGCAACCAUGGUGAAGAUGCCCAAGGUGCACCUGAAGAACCACCUGGAGUUGAAUCAAGCCAUUAGCCAGCUAGGCCUCGGGGAGUUGUUUUCUUCCCCAGAUCUCCGUAACAUUGCAGAUGGACCCCUCUUCGUCUCCAGCAUCGAGCACAGCUCUGCCCUAGACAUUGCGGAGGCCGGGGUGGAGGCAUCGGCAGUGACCAGCGUGGUGAUGCUGCGUUCGUUCUCUUCUUUCGUCAUUGACCGGCCUUUCUUCUUCUUCAUCUUGGAGGACGAGACGGGCAUACCUCUCUUCUUUGGCCACAUCCUGAACCCCAGCCCCGGAGCUCCCAAGCAAAAGAAAGAGCCGGAGGAUCUCUUUGGCAAAGGACAUCUGGAUCUCAACAUCAUUCCUAAAUAGGGGAGAAUCCACAUUGGGCGGGGUGGUGGGUGGUCAGGGGUGGCUUUUGGCCUUUAACUGCCUCUCCUCCCCCACCUGUCCUCAUUUGGUCUUUGGGAUCUGUGGGAGCUUUUCCUCUCAGAAGCCAAAUGCCAGAGUGGUUGUGGUGGGUUUUCCAGGCUGUGUGGCCGUGGUCUGGUAGAUCUUGUUCCUAACGUUUCACGUGCAUCUGUGGCUGGCAUCUUGAGAGGUGUGCUUCAGAGCCCGGAAAACCCACAACAACCAGCUGAAUCCAGCCGUGGAAGCCUUUGACAACGCAUCAGGUCCCAGAGAUUUCCGUACAUUGUCCAAAAAUACGUGGAGUUUUCAACCCACACGUUCUUCUCCUUGACCCUUUGCACCAGUCCCUUCUCUAAAGUCUGGAUCCCAGUUAGGAGUUCAUAUAGGGUCUCUGCUAUUCUGAUCCCCCGCACCCCCGCCUAAAACAGAUGCUGAGACAGUGAAGAUACAGUAGAGAGACUUAGCCCUUACUUUGCGAUGCCUCUAGGUUUGUGGCGCGUGCUUUUGUGUGCUCAGUUACAUACACAAUGGACAGCAAUUGGAAGCCACUAGCGGCUGACAAGUGGGGCUGAGAUGGGAGGGCCAACCUCUGGUAUGUUCCCCUCUGCAG